AUGCCUCCGAAAGUUGCGCUGAUAACUGGGGCAUCGCGAGGCGUCGGGGCCGCCGUCGCUCGUGCACUCGCCGCCGAGGGCGAUACCAGUAUUAUGCUAAACUAUGGAUCCAACCCAGAGCCCGCACAAAGCCUCAUUCGAGAUCUGAACUCUUCGAGAGAUAAUAAUACCCAGUCGACAGGAUCCCCCCAAUUCCAAGCUCUAAAAGCAGAUAUGGCAGAUAGAGCUGAUAUUCGUCGAUUAGUGAACCAGACGGUUCAGGAAAUGGGCCGCUUAGAUAUAGUGGCCUCAAAUGUUGGCUGGACACGAAUGACAGAUUUUACGAAUCUUGACGAGGCCGACGACGAGGCUGACUGGGACCGAUGCUUCAAUAUGAACGUCAAGAGCCAUUUUUUCCUGUUCCAGGAAUGCAGGCCGCACCUGGAGAAGACCCAGGGGGCGUUUAUUGCCACGGCGAGUGUUGCUGGUGUUAAGCCAAGCGGUAGCUCCUUGCCGUAUGCUGUAACGAAAGCUGCCCUUAUACACCUUGCCAAAAGCCUGGCAGCCAUUGCGGCGCCGAAUAUUCGAGUAAACACGGUCUCGCCCGGUGUGUUGCUUACGGACUGGGGGCAACAGUUCCCAGAAGAAAGAUUGAACGCCGUGCGGGAGAAGAAUGUCUUGAAGCGAUUCGCUACACCGGAGGAUGUUGCAGAGCAAGUUAAGUUCCUUGCGAACUCAAAAUCCAUUACUGGGAUGAAUGUUGUCAUUGAUGCUGGGUUUUCAUUGUAG